GGUGACAUAAACGGUCAGUUUACUUAUGUUUAUUUUAAUUCAGUAAUAUGUAAACAUUGUAAUAAUAUAAUAUAUCAAAUUCCUUCUUUAGGGUAAGGGUCCUAUACAAGUCCCCCUACUUCUCUGUCUUAGUACUUUAACUUAUAAUGGAGUAUUUUUACUUUACUGUCUUGGUACUUUUACUUAUUAUUGAGUAUUUCUACUUCACUGUCUUAGUACUUUUACUUGUAAUGGAAUAUUACUUUACUGUCUUGGUACUUUUACUUCAGUGAAUGAUUCGAAUUCUUCUUCCACCACUGGUUAAGUUUAUUUUGUUGCUUAUACUUUAGUACUUAUUUAACAAGUACUUGUAACAGAGUAUUUCUACUGUGCAGUAUUAGUACUUUAGUUUCCUCGUCGUCCUCCAGUCCAGCAGGGGUCACUGUUGGGUCUGAACUCGGUGUCUUUGUUUACUUGCCGCUGGGUCUCUUUGCUCGCUCCGAGACUCAAAGUGCGCAGAAAGGAGGAACAUGUGCGCCGUGCAGCUGCUGCGGGUGUCGGUACAUGAGCGGAUCAGCGCUGCCGCUGAAGACUUUCUGCUGCAGGUGGAGAAAGGUGAAGAAACGGCUCAAGUCCCGGCGCUGAGAGCGAUGCUCACCGAGCGGCUAACGGCGGCGGCGGAGGAGAUCCUCGCGGUGUUUGAGGAAACCGUGGUGGAGUACGAAGACAGAGUGGAGCGGUCAGAGCGGGAGAUCUGCCGCCAGAGGAGGCUGCGGAUGCCGUGAUGAAGCCCGAAGUCCGGCUGCACAGAGCAGUGUGUCCUGCAGACGUCCAGCAACUGAUGGUGAAUAAAGAAGAGGCUCCCCCUGAACAGCAGCAGUGGAGCCCCCUUGUGGACCAGGAGGACCCAGAGCCCCCCCACAUUAAAGAGGAACAGGAGGAACCGUGGACCAAUCAGGAUGGACAGCAGCUUCAAGGACUGGAGGAGGCUGAUAUCAAGUUCACAUUGACUCCUGUCGCUGUGAAGAGUGAAGAAGAUGAAGAGAAACUUAAAUCGUCAAAGCUUCAUCCGAGUGAGACGAAGGAGAACAGAGCGGACUGUGGAGGACCAGAACCACCCAGGAACACAGGUCCCGAUGGACGUUUACAACCAGGUCCUGAGGACAAGACUGAAGACUCUUCUGAGACUGAAGACAGUGAGGAUGAUUGGAUGGCGACCAGGGAACCUCAGUCUGGUUUAAAUACAAGAAAUAACAAACAGCCUCUAAGUGAUAUGGGAUGUAAGACAGAUAAGAAAUCGUUUAGUUGCUCGGAGUGUGGUAAAAGAUUGAGCAGUAAGUCCGAUUUAACGACACAUUUGAGGAUUCAUACAGGAGAGAAACCGUUUAGUUGCUCUGAGUGUGGUAAAAGAUUUAACCAACAGGGCAAUCUAAAUAAACAUAUGAGGCAUCAUACAGGAGAGAAACCGUUUAGUUGCUCUGAGUGUGGUAAAAGAUUUAGAGCAAAGAGCCAGCUGAAUACACAUAAGAUAAGUCAUACAGGAGAGAAAACAUUCAGUUGCUCUGAGUGUGGUAAAAGAUUUAAGAUUCAGUCCUAUUGUACGAGACAUGUGAGGAUUCAUAAAGGAGAGAAAUGAUUCAGUUGCAACGUUUGCAACCAAUGAUUUAUUAGGAUUUAUCAGCAGAUAUUCAUAUUAUACAUAUUUAUAGUUCACUGUUGUAAAUAGACAACACUUUUUAUGUCCCUAGAACCAGGUUCAGCAACCUAAGGCACUGGCACGCGGCGCCAUAAUCAUUGGCACACAGGCGAUUUCUUAUUAAAGAAAUGUUUAAAGGUUUUGCUGUCACGCAGCCUGUAUUAUUUAGCUUGAUUGAUGUUAACACCUCCCAGCCACUAGGUGCCAGUAAUGCGCCAUAGGCUGGAUGCCAAUCGCCAUUAAAUAAUAAGAAGCCUCCCAGCCGGCGCUGCUCGCAUUUUCCCACAUGAAUCUCUGAAGUGCAGCUGUUCAGGUGUAUUGGUGAUGGCAUGCCCGCUAGCUAAAAAAACGAAGACUCGGGCAUUUCAGCCCUCAUGGGCAGAAGACUACCGCUUUGUUUUUCAUAAGGACCGUGCUGUGUGCACGUUAUGUUUUGAAAAUGUUGUUUGCCGAACGUCCAGUGCUCAGCGCCACUUUGAGACAAAGCACGAAAGAAGUUUCAAGGAUCAGGCAGACAAGGGAGAAUCAAUCAAAUGUGCAGUGUCCAGGUAUGAGAAGCAAACUCUCUCAAAGUCUUUGCCACUGCCAAAAACCAUG